AUGGUCAGAAAAGGAUCAAAUACUACUACUACAACAACAGCAAAGAGUGCACCUGCCACAAAACAAGCAGAAAGCGUAAGAAAAAAGAGAAAGAAUGAUGAAGAUAAAGUACAACCUCAUAUAAAGAAAUCAUCAUCUCCAUUUACUAGUCUACAGAUGAUGUUUGAAAAGUACAAAGAUGAAGAUAAUUUGAUGGGUCCAGAUGCAAUUUGCAAGUUUUGUUUUGAUUUGGGUUUGGCUCCCGAAAGUAUACAAGUGUUAGUGUUGGCAUGGCAAAUGAAUGCAGACAAAAUGGGAUACUUUCAAAAAGAAGAAUUUGUUGUAGGAUUGGAAAAAUUAAAGAGUUAUGAUCUAGUAACACUCAAGAAAGAAUUGAUACAAUUAACUGCACAGGUACUUGGUGAUCCCAAUAAAUUCCUAGAGUUGUACAAGUUUUCUUUUGGAUACUCUAGCGAGUUGGUAAACAAGAAACUAUUGGAUGUAAACACUGCUGCAGAGCUUUUAGAGUUGGUACUUCCUCAAAGUGUACAUACUCCAAACUUUGUUUCUUUUCUUCGAAGUGACAAACACAAUCUAAAGGUUAUCAACAAGGAUCAUUGGUUAUGUUAUAAUGAAUUUUCAAAAACUGUAAAGAGAGAUUUAUCAAAUUAUGAUCAACAAGAUGCAUGGCCACUAUUAUUUGAUACAUUUGUCGAAUUUGUACAGGAACAAGAUAGAUAA